AUGCGAGCCGUGGUCCUACUCUGGAGCCUCUUUUUCUCUGUGCAUUGUGCGAAGAUUGGAGUUUUCCUGGGAUUUCUAGACAAUCCUUCCGAGGUCUGAUCUUUUUUUAUCUCUUUCCGCUUGAUUUUUUCUAUUACCUCGUGAUUGAUACCUAUUUUUAGACUCAAAUUAAUUAAACUGUUAUUUUUAGAACAAAUUCAUUAGCGAUAUUGCUGAAGAUCUCGAUCGGAGUCAUGAUGUCGUGUUAAUUGAAUACGUUGCUGGCACCACCGCGUCGUCACAAAAAGUGGAGUUAAUAUGAUUAGUUGUUUCCGUUCAGAAAACGUUCAUUUUGAGAAAAAAAUUAUAUCUCUGGGAGUUGUGGCGACAGAAAAGCUCGAGGACUAUCGAGAAGCAGUCAAAAGGUUCCGAAAAUAAAAGUUUCUGAACUCACAAACACUUUGAGCAAAUAGGUUUUUAAACCAGCUCUUUGAUUCUAAAAGUUAUGGGUAUCAGGGAGUGAUUUUUUUUUUAUUGAUAUAAUUAAGGAAUCAAGGUUUGAGCGUCAGAAAAUGUGGAAGUUUUUUUCACCUUUCCCGUUUGACUGCAUUGGUUAAAAACAUAUGUCAGGAAGUUUUUCAGAGAAGUCGAUGAAGACUUUCGCUACGUCAACUAUUUCGCCACCAAAAAUGCAGCGCGAGAAGCUUUACAGUAUGUUUGCGAAGGUUUGAAAAAAACUGAUUUUUCUUAAAAAAUUAUUCUUCCAGUUGCGUUAAACUCAACGGACUUUAUGAAAUCUAUAGUGAAUGAAAACUUCGAAAUUUCGAUUCACUUAGCGGACGAUGAAUGUGCUAACGGGUAGCAACCCUAUUCAUCUUAAAAUCAACUAAUUUCGUUUCCAGAUUGGCCCAAUACAUGGGAAGCAAAGUUAUUGUUGUGGAAGAUGGCUCACCAAGCAGAGAAUCUCUUGAGCACGUUUCUGUUCCAACACAUUUAUCACUCAUGCCUCGUAAGAUUUUUGAAGUUGUCAUAGACGUUCAAAAUGUUUUUUUUUGUUAGGUCUCUGAAAGAUAAAAUUUAGAGGAUUCGAACUUUGAACUUCAAACUUUUUCUACACAAAAAAAACUUUAAAAUCAUAUAAAAACUGCAUAAAGAGAUUGAAACAAAGAAAUUUCUGAAGAUCCAUAGGAAUUUCAGUUGAUUCCACAAUUAUGAUCUUAUUUAUCUGCAGAAGCUAACCUUUCACCGAUUUUAUUGUCAAAUUCUUGAUGCCUUGAAAAGUCGCAAAACAAUUUCAUCAAUUUUUUUCAUUUUGUUGAUUCCUAGACCCCGUCCUUGGCGUUGCACAACACUCAAACAUCCUCCAGAAGACUGCGACGUUCGUUCUCCACAUUUAUUCUCAAUUGGCCUCGAUCUUCGAAACUUCAACUCUUCAGAAAAUUCAAAAACGCCUCGGAUCCCAUAUCUCCUCAAAUAUCAAGGUCAGAGUUGUUGAAAAUAUCAUUUUAACAUCUAUUCAGGCUCAACUUCUUUUUGCAAGGGCCGACGAAAACUACGAAAUUGCUGUUCCUACAACUCCAAGAGUUGUAUACUUACAAAAUUUUGAUUCAACGAUCAUUAAAAGCAGCGAGGUUGAAAAUUUUGAAAUAUCUUCCCUCAAGUUGUAUUUUUAGGAUCUGAGAAGUUUGUUGCAAAAAGCGGAAACAAUAGUUCUUGUGUCUUUAGAAGAUUAUAAUGAGAAAAUGACUCCGGUACUGGCAGAAAUUUUCAGGUGAGAUUAAGUAGGAACAAGUAAGAAUUCAGGCCUUUUUUUUUUAGGUAUAACAAAGAUGUUUCUUUUGUUUGGAUCGGAAAACACCAUUUCGAUUCAAUCGACAACCUUUUUUUCGUCCCAAAAAGUGAUAUUACGAAAGUUUUAGGUUGGAUGAUCAGUUUCUUAAAAGAUCUUUGUUUGAUUUCAGAGAGCUCCAAAUCGAAGGUUUUAUUGACAAACGGAAAGAAUGAAAAUAUCCUUCACGCAAUUUAUUCGGGGACUCCUAUGCUAAUCGUUCCACAAACGUUUUCAGAAAUGAGAAAUGCUGCUUUGGCCAAGCAGAGGUAUGUUCCCGAUGAUAAAACAGUGAAAAACAGGAAACUCAUCUUUGCAAAGAAACUGUCAAAUUUCGAUUCCAAAAACCUGUUGUCACAGCAAAAUUCCAAACUUUCAUUGCAGAGGAAUAGCUGAAGUCAUGUCUAAAGAAAACUUCACUGCUGCCGUUUUCCAGAAAGAAUUGAACCACAUCCUUCAUUUUGAAUUUCUAUCGAAAACAAGUGCAGUCCUAAGAAAGCUCUUAACUUCUCAUAGAAAUUCUCCAAAAGAUCGACUAUUGUUCUCAGUAAAUUCCCUUCUUUCCGGUUUCACUUCUGAAUUACAUGUUAACAACACAUUCCAAUUGUAUUCUCUUGACGUCAUCUUCAUUCUGACGAUUGUCGCUCUUGUUUUGAGGAAACUUCUCAGUUGGUAUUAUUGGUCGUGCUUUGAAAUGUCCUACAAGCAAAAAUUGGAAUGA